AUUCCGCAGCUAAUUGAUCGGUCACUAAUUGGGAGCCAAACCCGUUCGGAUCGCACAGUCGAUCACCGAUCGCCACCUGAAGAUGAAGAUGUGGAGGCUGCUCUUCCAGCUGAUCGUUACGCUGGCAUGUGUUUUUGGCCAGCAGCCGGAUAUGGAUAUUGUCGGAUCUUGCACGAGAUACAAAAAGAGCGUUUUUGAGGAAAGAAUCGAAUUCGGAUUCCUGUUCCCCGGUGCUUCGAUUGAGAGCCGGAUCUUAGACAACUGCAGGAGUUACACGCCGCUCAUCGUCGGUGGUCAACCGGCCCAGCCCAGGGAAUUUCCGCACAUGGCCCGCUUGGGGCGUCGCCAAGAUCCCAGCAGCCUUUCCGACUGGUUUUGUGGUGGCGUUCUGAUCAGCGAACGGUUCGUCUUAACCGCAGCACACUGCUUGGAAUCGGAAAAGGGAGAGGUGAAUGUCGUGCGAUUGGGCGAACUUGAUUUUGAUUCGUUCGAUGAGGAUGCGGCGCCCAGAGACUAUAUGGUUGCUGGCUAUAAGACGCAUCCGGGCUAUGAAGAUCCGGAGUUCUAUCAUGAUAUAGGACUUGUCAAGCUGACGGAGGCCGUGCUCUUUGACCUGUAUAAGCACCCGGCCUGCCUGCCGUUCCAGGACGAAAGCUUCUCCGACUCCUUCAUAGCCGUUGGCUGGGGAAGCACUGGCCUGGCCCAGAAGCCAUCCGCCCAGCUGCUGAGGGUGAUGUUGCAGCGCUACGGAUAUGGGGUGUGCAAGAAACUCCUUACCCGGCAGCUGGAGGAGUUCCCUCGAGGAUUCGAUGCAAAUAACCAACUCUGUGUGGGUUCCGAGAUGGCUCAGGACACCUGUAACGGCGACUCGGGAGGACCGUUGCUCAUGUACCAUCGGGAAUAUCCUUGCAUGUACGUGGUUGUGGGAAUCACGUCGGCCGGAUUGUCCUGUGGGUCUCCAGGAAUACCCGGAAUCUACACACGCGUCUAUCCUUAUUUAGACUGGAUAACCCGAACGUUGGCCACAUUUUAAAUUGUAGUUUAUGAGAAGCUGUAGAAUGAAUGAAUGAAUUUUUUACUAAUUUGUGAAAAAACUUUUUUUUAAUUACACGGCAACUACAGUUAUUUGAAAA